AUGCGAGCGUUCGCGUGUGCGGCAGACGGUCAACCUCCUGCGUCGGUCCUCUCCUUGUCCUCGUCUGCUUCAAACAGCUCGGCUAGCGUCACGAUGUCUUCCGGUGUCAGCGUCAACCAGUCGUGCCUCGAGACCUACCAGACUCUCAAGCUCGGCAAGAAGCUCAAGUACAUCGUCUUCAAGCUCUCGGACGACAAUAAGGAGAUCCAGGUUGAGAAGUCGUCAGAGUCGGCGUCGUACGACGACUUUGUCGGUGACCUGCCUCCCAACUCGCCGCGAUACGCCGUCUACGACUUUGAGUACGAGAAGGGCGAGGGCAAGCGGAACAAGCUCUGCUUCUACGCUUGGUCCCCUGAUGAGGCGAAGAUCAAGGACAAGAUGCUUUACGCGAGCUCCAAGGAUGCCCUUCGCCGCGCGCUGGUCGGCAUUGCCUCCGAAAUCCAGGGCACCGACUUUUCCGAGGUUGCGUACGACGAGGUUCUCGACAAGGUGUCGCGCGGAUCCGCGUAG